GUUCGAGGGUGAUGCAAUCAAAGCCCAUUGCAACAUCUUCCAAAUAGCUGUUUGUCGGAUGGCAGGAUCUCCGCCCUUGAUUCCCGUCUCUACAUCCCGGUCUCCUUUAAAUAAAUUAGUUUUAUGAAUGAACAACUCAAGCCCCGGAGAAGGUCAGCAGCGAAGGCAGGAGGAGCGGGGCAGGUUCAAGGGGCAGCCCGCUGGACCCACUGGUGUUUCGUGAUGGGUUUCACAAAAUACCCGUCACGAAGCCCUUACAGCCCAGUGCGAUGCGGGGAGGAAGGCAGCGAAAGCUGAUGCUGGAUCGGAUUUGUGCAAGCCCAAGACUGAAAACCCGUCGGUGCUGCCCACACCCUUGAGCUGUGAUUCAGCAUAUUCCCGGAGCAACCCCGUGCUUGAAACCCAGUUUCCUCCUGCCCGGCUGGGGGUGGAUUUCCCCUCCAGAAGCCAAUGAACAAAAGCCCGUGUAUUUCUGGCGGUGAUGCGAAGGAAACAACGUGUCCUGCUGCCUCCCCACCUCUUCCUGCACCGCACGGCCCUUGCUGAGGGCUGCGGGUGGCGAUGGAGCCUGGGAGGCAGCAGGCGCCUGGCUCUGCUCCACGCCUCCAAAAUAAGAGCUCUGCCUCGUCCUAGCUGCCAAGAGGAGAGGAGCAACAAGCUGCCCGAGCCUUUGCUCAGCAAACGAUCUCAAUGGGGAAGCUGAUCUCCAAAGGCUGGCGCAGGAGGGAAGCACGGGUGGUCAUGCUGGGGCUCGACCUCGCCGGCAAAUCCACCCUCCUCUACAGGCUGAAGAGCAGCCGGGCGAUGGAGACGUGCCCCACUGUGGGCUUCAACGUGGAGUCCCUGCGGACGCCCUGCGGCCUGCCCUUCACCCUCUGGGACGUCGGGGGACAAAGCAGCCUCCGGGCCAGCUGGCCCCACUACCUGGAGGACACCAACAUCCUCCUCUUCGUGCUGGACAGCACGGACACGGCCCGGCUUCCUGAAGCUUUGGAGGCUCUGGAGGAAGCCCUGGACCACCCCAGCCUGGCCGGUGUCCCCGUCCUCCUCCUGGCCAACAAGCAGGAGGUGCCCGGGGCGAUGGCUCCUGCCGAGCUGGGGCAGCGGCUGCAGCGGGGGCGGCUGAUGGGGCACCCGUGGGUGCUGCGGGGCUGCAGUGCCCUCACCGGGCAGGGCUUGCAGGAGGCUCUGGGGGUCCUGGGUGAGCUGCUGAGGGGCGCGGGGCAGCGCGGCCCAUCCCUUGUUGGUCCAGCAGAGAGGAGGCAAGCCCUCGGGUGAGCCCAAGGUGGAGCCAGCACGGAGCUGGAGCUCGGGUGGACCCUGCGUGGGGUUUGCCAGCAGGAUGCCAGGCUCUGGGCACCCCCCAAAAAGAGCAGACCUGCAGCUGGCACACGUCGUGCUGAGAAACACCCAGCAGGAGCAUUUUGGGAUCCGUUUCUCGGAUGCUCGCCACCUGCAUGUUUGGCAUGUUUGGCAGAGAAGCCCACGAGGGAUUUUUAUCUUUCCUCCCAGCCCUGAUGCAGCUAUCCUGAUGGAGCAGGACUUCCAACAGCGGCCUCAGUGCAGCACCCAUGGGUGUAACCUUCAAACCGUGGAAGCGAGACAGGAUUAGAUGUUGUGAUGCUGUUUCAGGAUGUGUACUUACUAAUUCCUUGCCUUUCUUUCCCAUUCCUUAUUUUUAUUGAAUACCGUGUGCAGGAAAAUGGUGCCUAACUUCCCUCGUGUUCUCUUUAAAUAUAAGGAAGUCAAACCCAAGUUCUAGGUGCGUGGAAGCACAACCUCUGAAUAUCCUCGUGGUGGUUGAGGGGAAGCCCCCCCUCUCAGAUGGUUUGAAAUCAGGUGAAACCACUCCGCAGGAGGUGGCCCAGCGUGGGCAGGCUGAUAGCCAAAGGGCUCUCCAUGCUCACCCUGCUCCAGGCAGCCGAAAUUCCCGGCCCUGGAUGCUCACAGCAGGGCCAGGGACCCAGUGAGGUCUGUGUCUGAUCCCACUGAGCCUGCUGGAGGAAGGACCUAUGAAAUGGGUGCCUGGAGGGUGCCCCACACCCAAAAUUCUCUUAAUUAGGGUUAAAGUUAAGAAGCUUAGUGGUAACCCUACUCCACGAUGCAAUGAAUGAAAGCAGUGGGGCAAGGAGAUCGAGAGAGGAUACCACAUUUUUAGGCAGCAGCAGUCGGCUGCUUUCGGGAAGGAACUUAUUCAGCCCAGAAUCACCAAAGAAAAAUGCACAAAGAAGCCUUCUGCUGUUCAUACCAGUGCAUUUCAUGGCUCUUACGGCAUUCACCAUCCAGCUGCCUCUGGUGCUGUGAUUAGCCUCACUUCGUAGCAGGCAGCAGCCGGGACACAGGGCCUGUCUAAACUCCUGAAGGAGCAGGGCACAACAAACCACUCAGGGGAAGGUCUCAAUAAAAGAUGUCCUUCCAAGUGAGUCACAAUUUGUAGCUGUGUUAAUAUAUAAAAUAUAAUAACUGUUAUGUGUGAUAAAAGAGUGCUCCAGUGUUGGUCUGGCCUGAGUGAUCAUGAGUACCCGUAAGUAGCACUGAACUGUAAAAACCUCUAUAGCAAACCUGUGUGAAUGACAAGGAGGACAAAAUCAUGUCUUUAAAUACUUUUGUAUUUAAAUACUCGUGUAUUUGUGGCUAAUAUAAGCAGGCUGAUCUGCCUUCGGCUUGGGGGUGGCCACCAUUGACUUCUAACACGCGUUUCCCAAGCACUUGUUGUGUUCUUGACUGUCGGAACCAGAUGAAGAGGUUUUUGUAAGGCAAAAACAUGCACUUGUAUGGAGAUGGAGAUGAACGAACCCAGGUUAUCUGUGCAGCCCCAUCUCCAGUGCACAGAGAGGACGAAUCUUCUCAGGGGCCCCUCCAGCCACGUGGAGCAGCGGGCCUGGAGGUGCAACACAAAAAUCCAAUUGCUGUGUCAAAAGUGACUCCUCAUUCAGUUUGCUGGUGUUUCGGUCCCGCAUCUCACAUGGUACCAAACGGAGUAUCGAUCAUGAGGGUCUGGGAUCUGCAAUAUUAAACUCAGCAUGUGUUGAA